AUGGAGAACGAGCACAUUCCAUUUCCUAUAGCAGAUCUGAGGCCUGUCUUCCGUGAGGCAUUUGAAACAUGGGCUUCGCCAUCGCCAUUCGACUUCACACAGACUUCGAUCGAGAGAAUCGCUCAGUUGCACAUCGGAUUCUACAAAGGGCAGGACUUAGAUUGUCCAAUUCCAUUUGAUGAUCUUGGUGACUUUCUGGCACACGCAUUUUAUCCGCCAUCUGGGACGCUUCACAUCAACGCAGAUAAAAUAUGGGCGAUCGACCCUAAGAUAUUGAAGAACACGGAAGAAUCGUACGACCUUCAAUCGGUCGCCGUUCAUGAGAUCGGCCAUCUACUGGGGUUGGAUCAUAGUAGAAUUCCAGAAGCAAUCAUGUAUCCUACCUUGGAUUCUCAAGCAAGGAAGGUGGAGCUGCAUGGCGAUGAUAUUGCAAGAAUCAAUUUUAUGUAUCCUCGGUCCAGCUGA